CGUUACAAAACCGCUCGCCUUUCGAUGAUCAAGCUGAAUGGUCAUGCUUCCUGGUGAACUCAUCUCAGCCGUUGAUCACUACGCAUCCCUAAUUUCGAAAUGCAUCACAAGAAGGAACCUCAAGGUAGGCGUGGCAAUUCACGCACACUUGAUAAAAACUGCACUCACUCUGCAACCUUUCAUGGGCAACGGUCUUAUAGGCAUGUACUCCAAGUUCAAUGCCAUAGAGAGCGCCCAAAAGGCAUUUGAUGAUCUUCCAAUGCUCAACACUCGUUCUUGGAACACCAUCAUCACUGUAUACUGUCAUAAUGGUCUUUUUAGCAAAGCCCAGGUCCUGCUCGAUAAAAUGCCUGAACCAAAUCUUGUUAGCUAUAAUUCAAUGAUUUCUGGGUUAACCCAUCAUGGGUGUCACAGAGAGUCGGUAAAUGUGUUCCGAAGAAUGCAAACCGGCUGUGAUUUGUUAUUUAUGGAUGAGUUUACGCUGGUUAGCAUAGCGGGUGCUUGUGCUUGCUUAGGUGCACUAGGAUUUUUGCGUCAAGUGCACGGAGCUGCUAUGGUAAUUGGCUUGAAGUUCAGUCUGAUAGUCUGCAAUGCGCUAGUUGAUGCUUAUGGGAAAUGUCGAGAACCGGAUAUCUCUUUUAGUAUUUUUAGCCAAAUACCUGAAAGAGAUAUUGUGUCAUGGACUUCCAUGGUUGUUGCUUAUGCACGGUCAUCUAGAUUGGAUGAUGCUAUACGAGUAUUUGAUGAGAUGCCAGUGAAGAAUGCAGUUUCUUGGACAGCUUUAAUUGCAGGUUAUGCACAAAAUGGGCAUUGCAAUGAAGCUUUGGAUAUGUUUUUGCAAAUGCAGCAGGAGGGAGUCCGGGCUAGUGCUUUUACAUAUGUUAGUGUUCUAAGUGCUUGUGCAGAUCUAGCACUUAUUGUGAAAGGUAAACAAGUACAUGGAUAUGUCAUUAGACGCAGCGACGGACAUGACAUGCUCAAUGUCUUUAUAUUCAAUGCUUUAGUUGACAUGUAUUGCAAAUGUGGAGACAUGAAAUCAGCGAAGGCAUUGUUUGAGGUGAUGCCCGAAAGGGACACGGUUUCCUGGAACUCAUUGAUCACUGGAUAUGCUCAAAAUGGGCGUGGAGAAGAAUCCCUUCAAGCUUUUAGAAGGAUGAUGGAAUCUAACAUAAAACCAAAUCAUGUCACUUUUCUUGGGGUGCUAUCUGCUUGCAGUCAUUCAGGACUUGUUUCUGAAGGACUCUGGAUCAUCAACUUGAUGAAGGAGUAUGGUAUCAAGCCAAGAUCAGAUCACUAUGCAUGCUUGAUUGAUUUGUUUGGAAGGAAAAAUAGACUCAAGGAAGCAAUGGAGUUCAUUGAGAGUGCACCUCAUGGAUCGAAUAAUGUAGGGAUGUGGGGGGCACUUCUGGGUGCAAGUCGCGUCCAUGGGAAUUUGGGUAUUGCUAGGAUUGCUGCAGAAGCUCUGUUCGAGUUGGAACCAAGAAAUGCUGCUAGAUAUACUAUGCUAUCAAACAUCUAUGCUGCGGCUAAUAGAUGGGACUAUGCUCACAGAGUCAGGAGGCUCAUGGUAGAGAGAGACCAGACGAAAGAACCCGCUUUUAGUUGGAUUGAGGUGAGAAAUACUAGACAUGAGUUUGUAGCCAAAGACCAACUCCAUUGUCAGAUGGACGAAAUAUAUGAAAUGAUUGGUAAACUUUUAAAUCACAUGAAAGACUCUGGAUACAUACCCAACAUCAGCAGCUCUUUAUGUCAUAGUGAAGAUGAUGGUACCAUGCUAGAUCACCAGAUUCAACUUCGUUCUUUCAAUCCAACCUACCAAAGACAUGGCUCAUAUGAUAGUACAGCAGAUAUAGAAUUUGAUUUCUGGGCUUCUCGUAGAACCCACUUUUAUGGCAACUUCAGUGACAGAGAUGGCAGUGAUGCAGAACUUGAGGUUGAAGGAAACCUGCAAGAAGGAUUUGGAGGUUAUUCAACUCCCUUGUGGAAACCACAUGCAUCAAGAAGUAUUGAGUAUGAACCUUCCUCACCUUUACUUUCCCGGAAUCAUCACUUCAGCAGUAUCUCCCCUAGGUCGCGAAUGCGGGCUAUUGGAGAAGGAAGGAAGGAGCUCAUGGAGAUGAUUGCAAAUAUGCCAGAGUCAAGUUAUGAACUCUCUUUGAAGGACAUAGUUGAUGAGCAGCAUAUGAUGCAGGAGGUCCAUGAAGAUAUACCUGAAGAGACAAGUUUCCAUUUUGAAACUGAGGCUCAACUAAAAAAGAAGAGGCAACAGCAGCAGCAGAUGAAGAGGAAGAGUAAGAAAAGCAGUAACUCCGGUAGGAUUUCAAGGUCUGGGAGCAUGGAAAAAGAAACUUUCUUAAUCAAGAUGUUCUUCCCUAGUUCUUUAGAAACAAAGAAAACAGGAAGAGGACAAAAAAGUUCAAAGAAAGCCAUGGAACCAUCCAUUGAAAGAUCCAGUAAAAGCAUAGAUCGCAACUGGAUAAAAAGGGUUUUUGUUGCUGAAGAGAGUAAAAUCAAUAGAAGAAAUAGCAGCAGCAGAAGUACUAGUACUAGUAGAAGUAGCAGCAGCACAAGCAGGCAUGAUGAAGGUGCUGAUGACAAUUUCUUACCUGGAUGCUGGCCCUUUUCCCGCAAAAAGAAAAGCAAGAGCAGGAGAUGCACAGAAUGCAUCUUCUAGCGAAGUGCAGUGUCAUAAUCUUUGCAAUAGGAUCCUUACUAGGGCACCAUAAACGAUUCACAGUCCAAGACUCGGACGGAAAAUUCAGUGCCCUAGAAUCUAGACAUGUGCCUUGCAGUCAUCAAGAAAUUUCUCUGUACCAAUGGUCACAACAGAUGUGGAAUGAGUGACUUGGCAGGAUGAAGCAUUUAGAGAAAUGUUUUGCAGAAACUACAGUUAAGUUUAGUAUUUUACUAUGUGAAAAAAAAAACAGACUGUGAAAAAAGAGCCUUACUUGUAAAACAUGUGAAACGUAAGAUUUGUUAUCUAUCUAUCACCGUCAUCUUCAGAA